CUACUGCCUCCAGUAGGGCCCAGCGCAGAUUAGCGCACCGUUUCGGCUGGCAGCCUCCCGCUCUCUCCUCCCAGGUGUACUUGACCGAGUGGUUUCCCGCUAUCCGGAGAGCGCUGCGUUCAGACGGGGAAUGCAGUCCGAGGUGAUCGCGCGCCACGCCGGCAAGUUCGAGGCGUUAGGUCAUGAAGGACAGAAAGGAAAAAACAAGACGUUGCGCGUCUUGUGGGCGGGGUUGGGCGCCGGGCGCGCGGGAGGGGACUUGGGGAGCGGAGUCUCCGGGGAGGGCAGCAGGGGAAUUGCAGGGGAAGGGGAGUGCGGAGUUGCAGCGGAGUUGCAGGGGGAGGGGAGCGGAGUCGCAGGGGAGGCGGGGAGCGUAGUUGGAGGGGAAGGGGGGAGCGUAGUUGGAGGGGAAGGGGGGAGGGGGGUUUCGGGGGAACGGGGAAGCGGAGUUGCAGGGGACGAGGGGUUUGUGGACCGGGAAGGAAUCAUUGGUGACCGUUCCCUCCGCUUUGCUUGUAGUACGCUCCUGUACCACGCACGAUUAGCCACCGCGCGGAGUAGCGCUGCGCUGUCAGUAGCCGCCCGCCUUCGACGUGAUCUUUGUAUAUGGGGGAGGCAGAGGAGGGACGGUGGGAUGCUUUCUGUUCUGCGCGCGGGUCUAUUUGGCGUACAAGCGAAUCCGUUCAUGUCCUCUGGGGUCGCUGUGGUGGUCGUCGGACAGGUAGGGCGAAGCGGGGCGGCGACUCUGGAUUUUCAAGAACCUCAGGCCCCCCGAUCGGACCGCGGGGCUGCGUGCAUCUCGUCGUACCCUCAGGAAUUGGGGGGGGGAGAGAGGCUGCGCUCAUCUGCCAACGUGCAAUCUAUCAACGCGUCUUCGUCUUCCGCGGCCGCUCCGCCACGCGGCGGUGGCGCGCCUGCGCCGCCUCAACUCCCCUCACCGCCUCCGUCUCCACCACGUGCAUCUCUAACUCCAUCUCCUCCCCCUCCCCCUCCACCUCCGGUGCCUGCGCGCCCUGAAAAUGUGUCCGAUGACGCUGACGACGGGCGAGAAUACGAGCGCUCGACACGGGGUACCGGCUUUGGGGAAGCCGAAGAGGCUGGUGUGGAUGAUACGCUGCUGCGCCGAGAGCGACUGUUGGCAUUGUCAGCUUUAGAGAGAGAGGAUGAUGAUCUGCUCGUUCUUUCUGGAAGAGUAGGAAGCCUGAGCGCUUCUUCGUGCCUGUUGGUAUGUGCUGCUGGGGCUGGCGGCGGCGAUGACAUUCCAACCCCCGAGACGACCGAUGUCGGGUCUUUCAAGGUGCUGUCUUCUCCAGUCUCUCGUGAAGAAGUUGUACAGGAAGCGUACGAAGUCAACCAGCUUGCGCACGUCCUUACGACCACCUCCCCUUGUGGCGUCGCUGAUAUCAGGCUUGAUGGUUCUCCAGAGCCCCAGUGUCAGCAACCCCAGACACCUUCGUCGCCAUCGCUGGAGCCGCAACUUGGGCAGAAUGACGAGUCCCCUCUCUCUGCCCUCCCCGUCUCACCUCGACUUGGGGAAGAGCUUGCUGCGGCUGACACUGCCGCCAUCUCCACGGUCGAAUUAAGAAACGUAAUGGGGACGAAGAGGACGCUGUCCACGGCCAUAUCGUCAGCUUCGACAGCGACUGCACAACGAGCCACGCGUAGCCGCAAGGUGGGAAACGAUGGGGUCAGCACAGCUUCCUCUUCCUCUUCUUCUGGCAACGGGUGCUGCGUGUACCAGCAACGCGAUCAACCGGGAGAACAAGACGCGUAUCUCCGCGCUUCGACUCCGACUGGUGUUUCGCUGCACGCCGCAACGCCUGUGUUCCCCGCGGUGGAGGGAAGAGUUCGCUCGGGCCAUGAUGAUGGGUUGGAGGAGUGGACAUCGUCUGUAGCCGCCGUGGGGGAGGCGCGGUCUCGGCGGCCACGGCGCCAUUCGUCGUCGUCGUCCUCGGGCAGCUCUGCGAUUAUCUCAGCGACUACUAUCUCCGUACCUGGCGCUGCUACAGCCUCUUCAAACCUUCAGCAGCACUGCCAUCAGAUCGUCUGCGGCGAUCUGCCCACUAAUCACAGAGGGGCGGACCGGGAUGAGAGUGAGAGAAGAAGAGACUUUCAUUCCAACGUGGCUGGUCUUGAUAAGCAGCAGCUGCAACAACGCUAUGAGGAAGAAGGUCAUAAAGAAGGCACCCAGUUUUGCAGCGUCGAUCUUCGCGAGGGCGAUUUCCAGCAUAUCGUCGGGCGGCGUAUUCAAGUGUAUUGGCCGUUGGAUGAGAAAUGGUACACAGGGGAGGUUAGGUAUUACAAUCCCGCUCGCAAAGUACACAAAGUCGUUUACGAUGACAACGAUGAGGAGUGGCUGAAGCUGAAAAAGGAGGUGUUCAAGAUCCAGGUCUUGCCUGUAGAUAGAUUUAACGGCGACUUGUUUGCUGCGCUUUCAUGCCCAUCUGCGACAGCCUCUUGUAGCCAAGUGAAAGCAGGUUCAGUAGCAGGAACAGGAGCAGCAGCAGCGGCAACAGCAACAGCAGCAGGGGCCGAGGUACCGUGCUCAGCGACGCAGCUUGUCGCACCGCCUUUGCUUUCUGGACUUGCAACGCCACCUCUCCAUCUUUUUCCCUCGAUCAAGUCCUCUCCAUUCUCCUCCUCUCUUCCGACGCCCCUCUCUCGACGUACAGUGGAGCCUGCGUGCCCCGCUUCAGCAAAGAACGAGCGGGAUCGCGCUGGGACUGUUGGCGAUUGCUCGGUGCUACGGGGACAGGAGUCCCCUGCGGGAAGUGAGCUGCUGGCGGACGAGUUCCCUCUCGAUCGUGUGCACGACCGAGGGAAUGAUAGGCGGAUUGUGUCAUCUCGGGAGUGUUUGUUUGCAGGCGUUUCACGCGAGGACGACAGGUUGCGUUGUUUGCAGAAGCUUCGAGAUAACGAUGGAAAUGAGAGAGCGGAGAAUUCUCCCGUCGACAUCGUUGGCCGAAAGAGUUCCACAACGGUCUUCCAGGAUAAGGGUGUGCCUUGUGGUGAUGUUGCUUUCUUUUCAUGCGCUCAGCUUCCUGGGGAGGAGUUGCAAAGUUAUCGGAGUGGUGAAGAGGGUGAAGGCGCUGUGAGUGACGCUCAUGUGCCGCAGGUGGAGGAUCGAGAAAGGGAAGGGGUGGGCGAUGUCAAGAAGGGUGGUGUCGGCGGACGGGAUACGAUACGCUACGAUGAAAGUGAAGACGGGAGCCGAAGGCGAGGGCAGAAGGGUAACGAUCGGAAAGGCGUGGCAAUGGCAAAGGCGGCUGAGGAAGGAGGGGAGGAGACGGAGACGGGCAAGACCGACCGCACACGAUCAAUCACGUGUUCUCUUCUUCGCGUAUCGGACGGUUGUUGCCUUGGCGGAUCUAUCGUGGUGGAUGGGGUCGGCAUUGCGCAUGGUAAGGUAGGUCCUGAUCGAGGUCUGUGUGGUGGGGAUGUGGGUCGAAUGCCUUCGGCUAUGAAAAAGCGACCACUGGUAGAAGAUCUGACUGGAAUCGGGGGUGGCGAGGCAGUUGCAGCCCGUAGCGAUGAUGUGUACGGAAAGGAGGCAGCGAGCCGGAGCGAUGAUGUGUACGGAAAGGAGGAUGUGAGGCAGGGGAAUAGUGACAAUCGGAAUAUGUGUUCCUCCGUCUCUGUCGACCAUGUCCUGGAACCACGAACCCCUGCUUCAAAUGGGUACGGUGCUGAUCCUGGUUGCGAUAGGUCCCGCUGCCCCCUGGAAGAAGGCGACUAUGGUGUGGAACCGAAGGGGCGGACGGAAAGAGCAGGUAUGGCCGACUGCCCCCCUUGUCCGUAUGUCAUGCACUCCCUCAAAGAUCAGCCAAUCAAGGGAGCGGUAGUGGAGUGUGACAGCAGUGGAUUGGUAAAGAAGGCACGAGAGAUCUGUGGGGUUCCUAGAGAGGGAGGAUGUCCUUCAGCGGCACCGGCAGCAGCAGGUUCUUUGUCGCAGAAAGCGGUGACCGCUUUCAGCGGUGAUGAAGGCGGCGGUACUGUAUCGCCUCCAGCAACGAUGGCAGCUGUCUCGUUCGUGGAGCGAGGUGGGUCAGAGGGAGAGAAAAGGGGGAACCACUCAGGGGGAGGUCGUGCUGUCACUCACUUGAAGGAAGGCUUCAGUACGAGAAUCGGAAUGACAGCGAUGGAAGAGGAGGGUCCUGUUUUCUUCGCGCCGGACGCCACGAUUGCCUCUAUUUCUCCCAUUCUAACAUCGCCUUCUUCGACUGUAGCUGUAGUCUGUCAGAUGCCGACGGUGGUGGUUGCUUCUGGCGGCGUCGAGAGCGGGGCUGGGGUGGAUCCAAUGAAGAGCGAGGGCUUGGAGACUGGUGGUGGCGACGCGAAGGGAGAAGCAGCUGCCUGCUGCCCAAUAUUGGUGGCAAGUGCACUGGCGAAUCGCGUCGAAAGCAGUCUGGUGAGUACUAGUGUGGCAGACAUGAGAGGAAGGGGUUCGUCGACGGGCGGGACCGACAUGUCCAAUCUGGUGGGUAUAGGAAGCGUAUCUUGUUCGCUUUCCAUGCAGCAGCAAGAACGUCAAGGGCAGGCGGAGGCAUUGCGGCGCGGGUUAGGUACGUCAGAGGUCCUCGAGGGUAGCGUGAAGGAGGAGGGGGAAGGCGUGGACGUGUCCACUGCUGACUAUGUUUGUGCAAACAAUAUUGAGGUGGGGAUGGCGGCGGAGGGGAUGUCGUCCCGGAUGUCGUUUCCUAGCGAUUGCAAGGGCAGGCUUAGCGAUCGAGGAACCACCUUGGGUGCUCGUUUACUGCAAGGAGCCGUCGGCUCACGGAAGGAGGAGGAGGGGGGAGGAAUGGCGUUGGUCGGCUCCGUAGUGGGAGGCGGAGCCCUCGAGUCCUCACAGCUCUGCGACGAUCCUGGCAUGGUCGUGAGUGUGGCUCUGCCUGAGGAGAUCGGCAUGAACAGGAGCGGGGUUGGCCUUUGUGAAUGCGGCGCCGCUGCAAAGGAGGUUCUGGAGAAAGGUGCAGGGGUAUUGGUGCCCGCCGGGAGCCUUCCGCUAAAGAGGGCGAGGGGAGAGCGGCAUCAGAAGAGGAAGGAAGAUGAAGAGGAAGAGGAAAGUUUGUCAUCACGAGAGGGAGGGGCUCGGAAGUCGACGGCGGUUGCCUCCUCGUAUGUCGUUGCCGCUGCGCCUCCGCGUACGGAGACAGCUUCCGCUGCUUCUAAUGCGGACGGACUGAGCCGGGAGCGGGGCGAAGGGGCCAUUCAUGUACGGAGGGGUAAGAGGUCUGUAAAGAGCGGUAGCGGCAGAUUGCAGAGAAUGGUGUAUACAAAUGUACGGCAGCAGAACUCUAUCGGUAGCAAUGGUGCGGCACCGAGCAAGGAGAGGAAUACGGCGGGUACGGGAGGUGCGCAGACGGUAUUCUGUCCGUCGACUGCCAUCCCAACGUUAGGGGCGUCGUCUAGGGGUCGUGAUAUCGGCGACAGGAAAACGGGGAAGGCUGUCGAGAGUGGACGUGCGAAGGCGAACCACCAACAGGAAUGCGACGUGGCGGUUAAUCGAGCGGCGAGGGAGGCGUCCUCCCGUGUACGAGAAGUCGAGGGUGGGAGGAUGUCAAACGGAGUUGAGGGUGGGAGGUUUGAGAAUUGCUCUGGCGCAACAACACGGGCAACGGGGUUGGCGGGUAGCACGAACUCAGGAGCGGGAGCUGCUGCCUCUUCUGCAGGGGCGGAGGCCGUGGACUCGGGCGUGCCCCGAAUGCACGUGCUUAAGCUCCGCAGGUGUCCGGAAAAUGGGGGCUUGUGGCGUGUGGCAGGGGAGUAUGCCUCAGGAGGGAGCACGGCCUUGACGACGUCGACAUCUCGUCCCUCUACACCUGCAACUGCCUCUGAGGCCGACACGCCCUCUCUUACUCAGCAGCAGGCGAAUGGUAAUGGCAAUGGGAAUGGGAGGGCUUCGGCGGCGGUGGAAAGUGCGGCUGUGGCGAUGGAGAAGAAGGUGAAGGAAUCAGGUGGCUUGCCACGGCCUCCCACUUUCUCUUCUGCUGCUUCCGUGGCUGACACCAUCGUUCUGGGGAGAGAGGGUGGAUUAGCUACGAAGGGGAGGGGGCCGGGAUCCGAGUGUGGAAAGCCUGCGCUAGGGGUCCUUUUAAAGAAGGACGUCAGUGGAUCGAGGAAAGACGGCUUGAAGGCUGUCCGGAAGUCUGUACGAGGGUUGGCCCAAGUGGGGGUUCCACAAGGGGGUAGAGAGAGAGGAACGCAUGGGCAAGUGGCGAGCAUCAGGAAAGGCGCGUGGACUAUGCGACCGGAGGAUUCCCUCGCGCAGCAUCGAUCGAAAGUGGAAGGGGGAGGAGGAGCAGGAGUAGGAGUAGGAGGAGGAGGAGGAGAAAAUCGGGGACUGGCGACUGCUGCAAGGGCACCUGGCGUUGCAGUUGGUGCACGGGUCGACUUCCGGCAUCGUACAGGGAGAAAGGGCGCUGUAGGAGGUGGUGGGUCGUUGGGUGUCGUCGACAAGCAAACUUCGGGAGCGACGGUUUCUAACGCAGGGGGGGAUGUGAGAAAGGGUGAGGGGAUGGAGGUUGGGUGCAGAGACGCGGGGGGAGAGGGUGUCGCAGUCAGAAGGGUAGAAGGUGGUCUUUCCCGAAGAGAUCGUACGGAGGAAGGCUGUGAGGCGAAGUUUUCGAAGAUGGAGCUUUGCAGGUGCAACGUGUUAGUGAUUGAAGAUGACUGUGGGAGGAGGGAGAGCGGAGCGGAGGUGCAUCUGGAGCUGGAUGAAUCAGGUGUAUGGGUGUUGGUAGUGAUGCUGGAGGGCAAAGUUCUGUACACCGCCAAAGCGGAGCACAUGGCGGCAACGGGGACGGUCAACAGAUACACCCACGCGAUGAUAUGGAAGGCGGACAGAUCGUGGAUGCUGGAGUUUGAUGAUCGGAAGGAAUGGCAGUCGUUCAAGGAGUCGCAUGAAGAGUGCUAUCAGAGAAACAUUAGGGUGUCAAGUACCAGGCAGAUCCCGGUGCCUGGGGUAAGGGAGGUACAUGAUUAUGGGGCUAGGAGGUACGGGCCGCGGUUCGUCCGGCCUUGUAAUCGGUACAUUCAGCAGAAGGGGGCUGGGGAGGCGGAUCUUGCACUGCUGGGAUCGAGGGUCAUAUAUGACCUGGACAGCGAGGAUGAAGAAUGGCUGGAAAAGGUGUAUCCUUCAUUAGCAGGCGGGGAGGAAGGAGGGAGUGCCGCAGCAGAGAGAUUGACGGAUGAGAAGAUGGAAAGAAUCAUGGACUUGCUUGAGAAAGGAUCUGUCACGCUCAAUCGGGAAGUCCCUGUGGAGAUGGCCUGCGUUUACUGCUCAGAUAUUGCUCCUCGACAGCUGGUGGAGGCCGUGCAUGCACAUUGGAUAGCGAGAAGGGAGAAAAAGGGGAUGGCGCUCGUGCGACAUUUUCAGCCACCGGCGUGGGUCAUAUAUCAGGAGCAGUUGAAGAGCUGGCAGAGAAACGAAACGCCGCAGUCGAGUGCCAAGGGUUCUGGGAAAGGAAACUCUGCUCACAAACAUUCGGGGAGGCCUUCAUCAAAGGCAACACUAACAAAGCCGGCCUUAUUUGCAUUUUGCUUGAAGCCGAGGGGUAUGGAACAACGGCCACAGCGUCAGAGAUCGAACAAGAGGCAUGGGAUGAUUUCACAACAGGGGAUGGAAGCUCUGGCGGAAGGGAUGCAAGGGCGCUCGCUGGCAGCAGAGUUCAAGGCAGUUGCUGGUUGCAGGCGAGCAGGCGACCAGCCUCCUCUCAAGAGGCAGAAACAGGAAACGCCUCCUGUCAAGAGGAGGAGCAAGCCCUGUCUCCCUCCUGAUAGCAGGCCGCGGGAUGUACUGGGUUUUCAGGAACCAGCAAUUCCUUCCCGAGGCUCCAAUCGAAUAUUGACGAGUCACGCUUCUAAGCCUGCAGCAGUUGGGACCAGCAAUGCCCCUCCAGAUGCUAAGGGAACGGCACCAAUCACUCCGGCACCUGGAGACAGGAAACUGAAGGGAAAGAGAGCUACCAAAAUGAAGAGAAGAAUGAAUGUUGUGGCUAUUGCAGAGUCGCGGAAGAGACAGAAGCUUGAAAAUCAAUCUGCCUCACCAAGGCUAGGGGGUGAAAGUAGGAACUUGAAGACACAGGGCGAUGAGCUGUGCGCAUCGAAGAAUUUUCUUGAGGAAUCCCGGGAGAAUGCGGUUUGCCCGUCCACUGCUGCCCAGCAAACGACUCCGGGUGACCGAGCGAGGGUCUCACAACAUGGGUUCGUCGAGCAGAAAGCAAAGGUAGGUGCAGAAGAGCCGGUAUUACGGACAGAGGUCCCGGUCGUAAGGCGGGAUGGGUGGAAUCUUGUGCGGUGCCAGCCUCUGGAUGGGAGGAUUCCUUCUGUACAAAUGGACCCAUUACAAUGGCCACUGCAGGAGCUGAAAGGGGUGAAUAGAUGCAAUGUCAUCUCUGGAUCCGUACAUCGUCCAGAGGAAACGGUGGCAGGAGACCAGUUAGAAACUUGCGCGCCCAUAAGAGACUGUCUGGCCGUGGAUUAUGGGGAGGGAACGAGGAAGAGUUGUGAUGUUUCGAAUGAAGCGAAACAAGGCAGUGGUAGGUUUUCACAGCACGAUUAUCACGAAAACAUCCCUCCUUUCCGGGGAAGAGAACAAAACAAGAAGCCGGAUGUUUCUCAGGAAGAUUUUGCCAGCGGACAAGGUAGGGACAGCGUUAAUUCAGUGAAACAGCAGGAAGCUAAUGAGGCACUGUUAGGGGAUACUCGCAGACUUGUUGGUGGUCAUGGCAAUGGUCGUGAAGAGCACUUUCUUCAGGAGCAGGGUGAAGGCUCCAGACAGGAGCAUACAAAAGGGAAUGGAUUGGAUUCGAAUGAAGCUCGUCCCAUGGAGCAACCACAGUCUCAAGGUGCGUGCCAGCAAGACGACGAAGCUCAAAAUGGAGAUGAUAACCAGGAUGGCUCUCAGCAGAUGCAGGAGCAGUUGCAGGAUCAAAUCGACCAGCAACAGAGAGAGAGGGACUUGCAUUGUGAGGAGCCCUCCUCAGCUCUUUCACCCCCGAAAGAAUCCCAUCUCGGGGUUCUGGCAAACGAGUCCCAGUUGUCAGCGGGGUUAUUCCCGUAUUCCCUUUCUCCCUUGAUAGGGUCGUGUCCUGCUGGUGUGACAAUAGAAUCAUUAUCAGCCUUGCCACUAGAUCUGCCAUUUGCUCCACCUUCUUUCCCUUUGUCUGUGUCGUCGCUGGCACUGCCGCCAUCAUUGCACGCCUCUGCAAUAGUGCUUCCACAAGCUACCGGUAUUCCCAAUCCUAGUGAUGCUUUAGACGACAAGACCAUGGGGGGUGAUGUGGGAACGCAGGAACAUUCAAAUGCUGACAUUGCUAAGCUCGAGUUUGUGAAGCUGGAUCUGGCAGCGAGGAAGGCCCGGGGCGUGGCAUUCAAGGACCGGGCCCGUGCUAAUCAGCUCAAGGAACUUGCGAAGGAAGCCAAGAACAAGGCAAUUGCAGCGCUUCAGAAGGCAGAAGCUCUGGCACAGGCCGAUCAACCAUCUCUCACGGCGGAGUUGGCGAACCUUCGAGCUCGUUUGAAGCCACUGUUGGAGGGGUCCGAAGUCGCUGCUGAGGAGGGGCCAGGUGGUGGGUCGCAUCUAUUUUUGAAAACUAGCAAGCGUGAGAGGAGCGAGAGGAGUAAGGGACAUCGACAAAUGCGCACUGAAAGACCUGGGGACUCUGUGCCCGGUGGAAAGGUUUCCUGGUCUUCUGCAGGUAGCCGUGUAGCAGUACCACCUUGCAGCUCUUGGGGGAGGGCGGCGACAGCUCGACAGGGUUCGGAUGGGCUGCAGGGGAUCAGAGGGGCGGUUGCUAGGACUGAGGCGGAUGCUGGAGCCGAGAAGAGUGGUGAAGAGAGGUCAACUCCUUCAGAGGGCGGUGGAAGUGAUGGGGAGGGGCUUUUGCAUGAUGGGCUGCUAGCGCAUAGCACUGUGGUGGUAGAGAAACCUGAUGAUGUGCUCACAAUGACCAUCAGCAACACGGGAGCCAUGUUUGAUACGGGCGCGGCACUGCUUCCUGCCAUGUGUUGGGGGGGGCCUAAGGCGGUAGUAGGGUCUGAUAGCAGGCAAGGAGUUGGGGGAGCUGUUCAAGGAUCGCUCUUGCCAUUGUCAGCAGGGGUCUCCCACGAACGAGAGAAAGGGUUGAUGUUGCUCGAAGGCAGAACGUCCGUUGACGUACCUGAGUCAAGCGCUGGAGGGGACUUGCUUAUGCUGCCAAUGCCAAACAGUGGCAGUCCAGCAGUGUUCCCUCUCCUGACCCCCCAGGCUGGGUGAUCAGAGUGUAGGGUAAGUAGACAGCUUUCUGGUGUCUGUUUUAUGCUUUGGUCAAUCUCUUUCUUUUCUGUCAUUGACUGCUGCUGCUUCAUGGAGUCCAGGUUUUUCCUUGGUUCUGCCCUGUCCUCCUGAUACUUCUUUUUUCCCACUUUUGCACCUUUUCUUAGUCUCCAUUCCUCGCUUCUUUGCUCCUGCCUGGUUGUCAGGGUUGCGUGGAGAAUGCCGUAGUAUUGGUAGGUAUAUGAGAAACGUGUACUUGUGAAAUGAGAUCGGCUGGAUUCUUUUUUUAAAAUUUCCCCCACAUUGGAUUCUAUCCAUUGCCCCAAGAGUACCUCUUCUUCAUAAGGCAACUUUUCUUCCUCCCUAGACUCCUUGUGGAACAACGAUCAGAGGGUUGGUCGAGUCUGCCGAUGGGAAGUGUUGUUGAUUGGAAAACAAGAAGCUUCCUCACACUCACUUCGUCCGUCUUAUUUCCAUGUCUUGGUUUGUUCUUGGGGACGUACAAAGCGUUAUUCUUUUGCUCUUACAUUUGCCUGCGUAUCUGUCAGUUUUUUUUAUUCCCUCGUCCUGGUGUCGUUCACGCUGUAGUUAUCGGUUCCACACCAAUGUGCUGUACCAGGUUCUCCGAGGUUCGUUGGCGAGGCACAGCCAAAGUCAGACUGGUUUAUGCUGGUGGUUAUUGAAGCUUUCCUUCCUUAGAAGUGUAAGGAUGGCUGCAAAGGGCGGGGUUAACUCGAAUUCUCAUCUGAGGGGGGGUGGCUGGAUGUGAUGGUUUCUGUGAAGGGCAACAUCUGCCUUAGUCUUAGAAAGGGAAAAGUGAAGAUAUGGAUGGGCGGGGAGGGCUGAACUGGGUAAGUAAUGAGAGGUGUUUUGGGGAGCCACGAGAGAGAGAGAGAGAGAGAGACUUGAUGAUCAUUGCGUAGGCUCAAGGCUCAGAAAAGGUGUGAAAGAGCGCCUACCUUGUUCAUCGCAUUCCUGUUCAAGACUGUUGCCAGCCCGUGUGACCCUGUGUUGGUGUGCACAAAGGCAUCAAAUGAUGUGGCCAUGGAGGCCUCUAUGUGUGUGUGUGUGUGUGUGUGUGUGUGUGUGUGUGCGCACGGAAGGGGUGGGAGAGAGAGAGAGAGAGAGAGAGAGAGAGAGAGAGAGAGAGAGAGAGAGAGAGAGAGAGAGAUUGCUUUUGCAUCAUCGGAGAGAAUAAGCAACUAAGUGCUCUGGAGGUCAGUUGGUUAUACCGCUAGGAUGCAUAUAUGGUGCAGCUACAUAAAUUCUGUCAGUUUUCGAAUUGAAGGCGUUGUAGACAACUCUGCAGCAAACCUUCCUUCCACCCUCAUCUCGUUGAGCGGUUAUCUGUAUAGGAUGUCGGAAAUUUCUUGCCGUUAUCUAACCUUUCUUCUUCACAUUCUAUCUAUGGAGGGAUAUAACUGUCCUUCCUGGACUUCUCUUCUAGUUUGUUGUGUUUUGUAUCAGGCAAAACACCACCUGAUCUCCGGUGGCUCCAACAAGCAUUGUUUUGCAUGUUUCUUCCUUCUCUCCUCUUCACUGAGAAAGCUGACCACAAUUAUUGGCCGCUUUGCGGCUUGCUUCUCGCUGCCUUUCUUUUUUUGCCGGUGUCGGUUUUGAUGACAUGUUCGAAGGCCCUUGUAUUAUCAAAUGAUGUCCUGGUUGUUUGUCGAUCAGGGUCGAGGUCUUUUUCCUCCUAUGAGACGCUUACUUUUUGAGCUUUUUACAGGUUUGUGUCGGACGAGUUUUAAGACAUGGCGUCUUCGAGACAGAUUUCUGGGUGGCACCUACGCGAUUACGCUUUUCUGUU